CCAUGAUUCAACAAAUGCGCUAAAGUAUCCAUGCAGCUCAAGGGUUGUUUGGCGCGAGGAACACCUGGAACUGUGAUUUACCUGGAUGAGACGCUGGGGAGAAGAGCCCUUUGGGAUCUGCUAUCAAGGAACAAAAAAACAAACAGACCGUCUCUGUGCGUUACUCUGUCAUGGCUGAUAGCAAGGCAGAAAGAGGAAUCAAAUGGGAGGUUCGAGCCAACGACCGUCAUUUUCAUCAAUCCUGUCACCGCAGAUCUUUCUUUUGUUUCCGCUGGGGGCGUUAUGCUGACAAUAUGGUGCGGAGCUACAAAUACACACCUUUGACCUUUUUGCCCCUUAACCUGUAUGAACAGUUCCAGCGAGCAGCGAAUCUCUUCUUCCUACUUAUUGUGGUCUUGCAGAGUGUUCCUAUAAUUGCAACCAUCCCUUGGUACAGCACUAUGCUUCCUUUGCUGUUUGUUCUGCUUGUGCGUGGGUGUAAAGAUCUAGCCACAGACUUGGGCCGACGACGUAGUGAUGCACAAAUUAACCGGUGCCCUUGUGACAUUCUCACUCCUGAGGGCUUCAAAACUGUUAAGUGGAAAGAUGUACGUGUUGGUGACAUUCUCCAGCUUCAUAAGGACCAGAUCAUACCUGCAGAUUUGCUCCUCCUUUGCAGCACUGAGCCACACAGCCUUUGCUACGUAGAAACAGCAGACAUCGAUGGAGAAACCAACUUGAAGUUUCGCCAGGCUCUGAGUGUAACUCAUACUGAGCUGAAUGGAGAUUCAGUUAAGCAAAGCCUGGCAGCUUUUGAUGGUAUUGUGUGGUGCGAAGAACCAAACGGUAACUUGCAUUCCUUCAAAGGUGAGUUACAUUGGAAAGGAGAGCGCCACCUUCUGGACACAGACCAUCUGCUCCUCCGAGGAACUGUGCUGCGAAACACGGACAUAGCUUAUGGAUUAGCGAUAUACACAGGCUCAGAUAGUAAAAUUCUGCAAAACUGUGGAAAACUAAAACUGAAGAAAACUCAAGUGGAAAUACUACUAAACACAACUGUGUUGGUGAUUCUGCUGUUCAUGCUAACAACAGCCCUUCUCCUGGCUGUGGGCGCCGGGCUUUUUGAGCACAGGUUUUCCUCUCAGUACGACGUUGUCUCGACCUUGCAGCGUGAUUCGUCUCCUGUCUACCUGGGCUUCCUCACCUUCUGGGGCUACAUCAUUUUGCUUAGUCCUUCGAUGCCCAUGUCUCUCUAUAUAACAUUUGAAGUGAUCCACAUGGUGCAUUGUCUCCUGAUUGGCUGGGAUGUUGAGAUGUACUGGGAGGACAAUAAUAGCCCCGCUCAGGCCCGUACAACCACCCUGAAUGAGGAAUUAGGUCAGGUGGGCCACCUGCUCAGCGACAAGACCGGCACUCUAACGCAAAACCGCCUGCUUUUUCGUCAGUGCUUCAUUGCUGGACACAUUUAUGGUGACAUGUCAAAGGAACUCAAGCCGCUAGACUUAAGCUGGAACCGGUUUUCCUGUGGUGGACUGAAGUUUUCCGACCAGCAGUUGGUGGACCAUCUGCGUGAACGGAGCAGCCCUGAGUGCCAAGAGUUCUUCACGGCUCUGGCCCUUUGCCACACUGUCAUGAGCGAGUGGAGGGAUGGUUUGCCUCAUUACCAGGCUUCCUCUCCGGAUGAGGAAGCUCUGGUGUGUGCAGCACGGGAGCUGGGCUGGGUGUUUCUCUCCCGUACACGAGAAACCCUCACCAUCAGUGAGAUGGGCCUCACGCGAAACUAUCAGCUCCUGGCCCUCCUGGACUUCACCAGCAAGAGGAGACGCAUGUCAGUACUGGUGCGGGACCCUGGAGGACAGUUGAAGCUGUACUGUAAAGGUGCAGAUCUUGUUGUUCUGGAAAGGCUUCAGAGGGACUGGCCACUUCAGGAGAGCACCGAGAGAGCUCUAGAGCUGUUCUCUCAGAGCUGUCUGAGGACUCUGUGUGUAGCAGUGCGCUCGGUUCCUGAAGCCCUGUGGACGGAGUGGAACCGCACCCUCAGUCAGGCGGGCACAUCGACGGGUAACCAGGAGACCGCGCUCGAAGAGAUAUAUGAACAAAUGGAAAAAGACUUAACGCUGUUGGGCGUGACUGCCAUUGAGGAUCGUCUCCAGGAAGGUGUCCCUGAGACCAUCGCCACCCUGCGGAGGGCGGGGGUGAAGGUGUGGGUGCUGACAGGAGACAAAACAGAAACGGCUGUGAAUGUGGGAUAUGCAUGCAAACUGAUGGAUCCAGACACAACUCUGAUUCAAGGGGAGGAGCUUAGGCAGCUUCUAGAGUCUCCUUCUCCAGAUGUUCAUGUCAUUUCUAAAGAGCCGGAGGUUUGGAUCACAGACAAGAGAGCAGUGAAGAGCAAAGCAGCACUCGUCAUUUCAGGUCCUGAACUGGCAGAAUUGACCAGAACGGCAGAAUGGGGGGCAAAGUUUGUUGCUCUGUCUGACCAAUGCCAGUCUGUAUUGUGCUGUCGUGUGACACCAGCGCAAAAAGCGGAAGUGGUCGAGAUGGUCAGGAAGCAUUCGGCUUCGAUUACAAUGGCAAUAGGCGAUGGCGCCAACGAUGUCAACAUGAUCAAGACGGCACAUAUAGGCGUUGGUCUUUGUGGCGUGGAGGGAAGUCAGGCGGUGCAGAAUGCAGAUUUCGCUCUGGCUCAGUUCAGCUUCCUUCGCAGGCUGCUGCUGGUACACGGGCACUGGUCAUACUACCGCAUCUGCAUCCUUCUGCGCUAUUUCCUCUACAAAACCACUGCUUUUGCUCUGGUGCACAUUUGGUAUAGUUUCUACAAUGGCUUCAGCGCUCAGCCUAUGUAUGAGAGCUGGUUUAUUAGCCUCUACACAACACUGUACACAUCCCUGCCUAUACAGUGCAUGGGUUUUUUUGAACAGGAUGUGAGCGCCAAGAGUUGUCUGUGUUGGCCUGAGAUCUACUCGAUUGGACAGAGGAAGCAGCUUUUCAAUCCUUUAGUUCUGGCCAUCACUCUCCUCUACUCGAUCUACACCUCCAUCAUCCUGUUCUUCAUCCCUAUGGGAAUAUUGCAGUACUCUGCUCUCGAUUAUCAGACUUUAGCCGUAACGGUUCAAACAUCUGUAGUGCUCACCAUGACUGUUGAGGUUAUUCUACAUACAAAAUACUGGACUAAGUACAGCGUUGCAGCAGUAGUUUUUAGUUUGGUGGCGUUCUUUCUGUCCAUGCUGGCUCUCCAUAGCGCUCGACUCUUCACUGCCUCACCUAAAGACUACUUUUUUCUGGGAGCAUCACCAAAUGCAUACAGUACCCCUGAGGUUUGGCUGACCAUAUGUGUGACCACCUGUAUUGCUGUCCUUCCCUCAAUAACCAUACGGGCCUUAGGUCUUGUGCUAACAAACCCCAACAAACAUAAGAUCCACAGCUCGAAUGAGUCUGUUGAGCUGAAGUCGUGGUUUCAGAGAGGAACCCUUCAGCGUCGUUCAUCCUAUGCGGUGUCCCAAGGGAAAGGUUUUGGAAAGUUAAUCACCACAGGCGUUGGGCUUCCCUCUACGGCACCCCCACAGGACAGGAGAGUUACAGCAGAUAGUCUGAAGAAAGAAUCUCCACAGGGUUCACGUAUAGAAAUGAAUAGUGGCGAUGUGGCAUGCUAGCAUCUUCAGUGUGUUUUGUCAUGCACUGAAAAUGUGAUAUGAGUAGCAAAUAUUUUAACUAAAAAAGUCUGUGGUCCAGAAACCUAGGGCUUUUGGUGCAAUUCCAAAAUGGAGGCCCGGAAGACACCUAAUCUAAUUGAUAGUGAUCAUUUUGCCAAUACUUAAUGUUAUUUAAAAUGCAAAAAAAGUUGUAAAUCCCCGAUUUGUCAUAACAUUAUGAGCAUCAUAGGGCCAAAUAGUUGAUAAAAGGUAAAUCCCAUCACCUUUAGU